AGAACCUCUCCGGGGGAGAGAAAAGCUGAUCGAGAUGGGCGGUCGACAGUCAUCAGUCACCGAAGAAAGACCUCGUAGCAACUCGGUAGACACUGCACAGGUAUCCUCUCAACACUCAUCCUCCCAGCGUGCAAAUGUGAUGACAGCAGCCGAAUUUAUGCAGACAAUGAGAAACGCGCGAUUUCUGAGCUCAUCAUCGGAUUCGAAUGCUUCUGAAGACGACGCAGGGCCCUCCCAUUCGACGACGCAUGGGAAUCGUUCACGAGGACUACACGCGACUCCUGGACGACUUCACGGGCACCAUAGCCGUCGAUCGGUUCCUGUCUUUAUGAUGGAUAUGAAAUGCCCGGUUUGUCACAAAGUUGUACCAUCGGACGACGCGGAUAUUCAUCUGGUCAUGUGCCUGACGAGACCCAAAAUUACCUAUAAUGAUGACGUGCUAAAAGACGACAAAGGAGAAUGUUCGAUUUGUCUGGAAGACCUCGAAGCUGGACACAAAAUAGCACGAUUACCAUGUCUAUGUAUCUACCAUAAACAAUGUAUCGAUGAUUGGUUCAAACGGAAGAAUUGCUGCCCCGAACAUCCCGGUGAUGAUUGAAUAAAAAAAUAUCUUCUAAUUUUUCUGUUUCUUGUACUUUUUUCUCCCUUAUUCAUUUUUUUUCAUUUUUUUCGCAUAUUUUCCUAUUUUCUCGAACGAUUCGACACACACACACACACAAAUCAUGGGUAUUUUAAUUUUAUACUGUUGAAAUUCAACGAUCGAAAGCAGCGCCGUACAGAAAUAAAGGCGGAGCGUAAUUUUGCAACCCUGCGGCACGGUUUUCCCCUUUUUUGUUGGUAUUUCGAAAAAGUUUAGACUUUACCUAUUUUUCGAAUUAAAAUGCACUCAAAAUCUUAAUUUGGACAUUUUCAUUCGAAAAAAUAAGUAAAAUCGAGACUUUUUUGAGAAAAUUAACAGGAAAAACUGCGCCGCAAGGUUGCAAAAAUACGCCCCGCCUCUAUUUCUGCGCGGCACGGUUUUUUCCUUUUCUGUUGGUUAUUUUCGAAUUAAAAUGUUCAAGAUUGUGAGAAUAUUUCAUGCUUACAAUCUUAAAUUGGGCAUUUUCAUUCGAAAAAAUUGAAAAAAAAAAUCAAAGGGAAAAACUGCGCCGCAGAGUUGCAAAAAUAAGCUCCGCCUAUUUUUCUGUGCGGCGCAGAUCGAUAGUUCAAUUCCAACAGUAUCUAUUCGUUCUUCCCCUUUCUCCACACAAAACCUCUGCUCCUCCAACGUCCCAGUUUUUCUAAAAAAUACACUUCUGGUUUCUUUUUCGCGCGCCUGCGCGCGUGCCCAAAUGCACACACUGGUUCACUUUAUUUUCUGUUUUCCUCCGUCUCCUCGUCUUCUGACUCGUUUUUUUUUGUAUCACACACACACACACACACACACACACUCGUCCUCUCUCUGAGGCAUAAUUUAUACAUAUUUCUGUACAGUUUUUGCUCGAUUGACAAUGAAAUUGUUGUUUCCGUUGAAAAA